CAUUAGAAAGCAUGCAACAGCACUUGUUGCUUCUGGUCUGUUUGAGGAACCAAUUGACCCUACAGUUGCUUCACAGAAAAGUGUAUUUGCAGUUGGCAUGAUCUGCUGUGAAGAAGAAGGCCAUUUGAAGGAGAAACCUGUCUUGCUGCAAAGCAGUGUUGAGCAUUCUGGAGGGCAACGGGUGCGUCUUGACUUACAAAAAUUGAGCCAAUUUUCAAUUUUUCCUGGUCAACUAAACUAUGACAGCAACAAUACUUUUGCACGUGUUUCUAUUUGCAACCAACUUAUGUAUUAUUGGGUUUUUCACAGUCCAUGCUCUCAUUGGAUUUGGUGAUAUUUCAGGGCUAAUACAAACGAGCUUUGGAACAUCAACUACAUUAUGGAAACUAUGAGAAUUCGUUUGCCAAGUUGCCAACUUACGAAUUGGAUGGAAAUGAUUAGUGACAGACAUGGGCAGUUGAAAACUGCAGAGGCCCCUGGAUGCGUAUGCCAUCUUGUUUUUCAGAAGGCAACAAUGAACUAAAGUUCAAAUUGAGGACAACAUCCUACUAAUAACAUGAGUGGACCAUUCCAUGAGACAUCUGAAGGGCGCGCGCGGGGAUUCUUUUAAUGCUGCCCGCCCCUUUCUCUGUUACACACAACAACAUUCAAACCUCAGAAUCAGACACCAAACCGAAGACAAACACCUCACCGCAGCCCACCGUACGGAAGACAUUGCCACGGCCAUGACCAUCACCACCACCGCAAAGCACCAUCGGCACAACCACAGAUCUCAGGUAAUGCUGGUCGUCUUCCGCAGUUGGUUCCUGAUCAAACCCUCAAGCUGAAGCAACUUACUGUGCUAACACUGGCUGAGACAGACAAGGAUUUGCCCUAUGACAUAUUGAUGCAGGAGUUGGAUGUGACAAACGUACGCGAACUUGAAGAUUUUCUUAUCAACGAGUGCAUGCAUGUGGUAGUUACAAAACUGGUGAUCUAGGCUUUGAAAGUGUCUCGAGCUCUGGAUGAUGACCCUUCAUUUGGUGUUGUACAAUUAUUACUUUGCUUUACAAUGUUAUUAAGAAUAGCCAGGCUGAGGAAGCUGCGAUUGCUGCAUUGAAGAGAGCUUUUGGUGCUUUGAGCGUUCAUCUGGCUUCAAAUACUUACCUGGUUGGUCAUGCUGUGACCCUGGCUGACAUUAUCAUGACAUGUAACUUGUUUCCGGGAUUCACUAAUGUCAUGACUAAGAGCUUUACUGCUGAGUUCCCUCAUGUUGAGAGAUACUAUUGGACCAUGGUUAACCAACCAAAUUUCAAAAAGGUAAUAGGUGAGGUAAAACAGGCAGAGAUCAUAACUGUUGUGUUUGCGAAGAAGCCUACUCAACCUAAAGAAGCUGCUAAAUAAAAGCCCAAGGAGGAGCCAAAGAAAGAAGCCAAGAAAGAACCAGCAAAGCCCAAAGCAGAAGAUGUUGAGGAAGAGGAGGAGGCACCAAAGCCUAAAGCAAAAAAUCCUCUUGAUCUACUGCCCCCAAGUAAGAUGAUACUGGAUGAGUGGAAGAGGUUGUACUCCAAUACCAAGACCAACUUCCGUGAAGUUGCAAUCAAAGGUAUAAAUUCAAUUAUGAGCUUAAUGUUACUUGUUGGAAUCUAUAGUAAUACCUUUAUACUGCAUUUGAGCCUUUUUUUUUUCUUCUUCUUUUGUUUGUUGGCAUAUGAAAUGUUACGAGCUUGAGGUUGGUUCUGCUGACCGCUCUAUUUGUUUUUGGUGUGUUCCACUUUCUUGUGUGCAAAUGCCUCCACUCACUUCCUCCAAAAAAAUAAAUAAAAAAUGAUGCAGUUUUUCA